AAUUGGACUUCUAUUAAAUCCAUCCACCUUAGUUCCAACAAUCUUAGCUCACUGCCCUUAUGGUUUGGAGGGCUUAACAAUCAGGUUUAUCUUGAUCUUUCAAGGAAUGCACUUUCAUUUAAUGACUUUGAUUUUUCUGGAUGCAUCAAACAUGACAUAGAGGAAUUGUACUUGAGCAUUAACAAACUCAAUGGCAAUUUGCCAACUUGGAUAGGGCAUCUUCAAAAACUAGGUAACCUUGAUCUUUCAAGUAAUUAUUUUUGUAGUAGUAUUCUUCAAAGUCUUGGAAUGACCAAAGACUGUGCUCAUGCAUUGAAUUCAACCAAUCAAGAUAUUGUAGAUGAAAGGCCAUUUUAUGCUGAAAUAGAUUGGCAGAAUCAGGAUGUGAAACAAGUUAUGAAAGGAAAAGAAUAUGAUAUUGCUAGAAUCUUGCGUCUUGAGGUUAACUUUGAUUUGUGA